AUGUGUGGUAUCUUCGCGUGCUACAGACAUCCCGAUGUACAAAAGUUCAAGCCGACAGCCCUGAAAAUGGGCAAGGCUGUCCGACAUCGGGGUCCUGAUUGGAGUGGCAACUGGGUCGCAAACGAUACCAUCCUUGUUCAUGAACGCUUGAGCAUUGUCGGCGUCGAGUCUGGCGCUCAGCCGCUCGUCAACGAUGAGCAGACAGUGUCACUGGCUGUCAACGGCGAAAUCUACAACCACCGUAUCCUCCGCAAGUCGCUCAAGAAGCCAUACAACUUCAAGACACACUCUGACUGCGAGGUCAUCAUUCCUCUGUAUCUCGAACAUGAUAUUGAUGCGCCCCGCAGGUUGGAUGGCAUGUUCUCGUGGGUCCUCCAUGACAAGACUCAAGAUCGUGUAAUCGCCGCAAGAGACCCCAUUGGCAUCACUACCUUUUACAUGGGCAGAUCGAGCACUACGCCUGGUGCAGUCUUCUUCGCUUCCGAGCUCAAGUGCCUUCACCCCGUUUGCGACAACAUCAUCUCCUUCCCGCCCGGUCACGUCUACGACUCCAAGACGGACUCGCUUACCCGCUACUACGACCCCAAGUGGCUCGUCGAGCCUGAGAGCAUUCCUACGACACCUGUUGACUACAAGGAGUUGAGGCAAUCAUUGGAGCGGUCAGUACGCAAGCGCAUGAUGGCGGAAGUGCCCUUUGGUGUGCUUCUCUCUGGUGGGCUUGACUCGAGUCUGGUGGCUUCGAUCGCGCAGCGGGAAACUCUGCGACUGAACGAGGCGACUAGGAAAAAGGCCGCUACAUCUUCUGGAACCGCCAGUGAGCAGCAGAACCAACUUGUGGGUAUUGACGACUCCAACGAGCUCCAGACGGAUCUUCUCCUGGGACAACUCAACUCCUUCUCCAUUGGUCUGCCCAACUCUCCUGAUGGUGUUGCCGCACAAGAAGUGGCCAACUUCCUUGGAACCAAGCACCACACCUUUACCUUUACCAUCGAGGAUGGCCUCAACGCUCUCACAGACGUCAUCUUCCACCUCGAGACGUUCGACGUGACGACGAUUCGUGCCUCAACACCCAUGUUCUUGUUGAGCCGAAAGAUCAAGGCCAUGGGUGUCAAGAUGGUGCUCUCAGGAGAGGGCAGUGACGAGAUCUUUGGCGGAUACUUGUACUUCCACAACGCCCCUGACAAGGCAGCCUUCCACCAAGAAUGCAUUCGCCGUGUCAAGAACCUGCAUCUUGCCGACUGUCUACGUGCCAACAAGUCGACAUCGGCCUGGGGUGUCGAAGCUCGUGUCCCCUUUUUGGACAAAGAGUUCCUCAACACCGCCAUGAACAUUGACCCAGCUGACAAGCUCAUCGACCGCGAGAACGGUCGCAUUGAAAAGUACAUUCUGCGCAAGGCCUUUGACACAUCCGACGAGCCUGACACGCAGCCCUACCUGCCCGACAAGAUCCUCUGGAGACAAAAGGAGCAAUUUUCCGACGGUGUGGGCUACGGAUGGAUUGACGCGCUCAAGGACACGGCCGAGCUGCAUGUUACGGAUGAGAUGAUGAAGAACCCCAAGCCUGAGUGGGGCAGCGAUAUCCCGGAUACAAAGGAGGCGUACUGGUAUAGGUGCAUGUUUGACGAACACUUUCCCAGCUAUUGCGCUGAUACCGUCAUGCGCUGGACUCCAACGUGGAGUGACCAGACGGAUCCCUCUGGACGGGCUAUCGGUGUUCACGAACAGAAAUACGCUCACGCCAAGUAGAUGGUGCCACUUCUCAUACUCGAUAGACUAAUGCAUGGUCUCGGGAUCAGUAUAGAACAAUGAUAGAUGACAUUCGUGUCUUGUUUGAUCAAGAAUUGUUCUAGUAUACAAAGAAUGUGACUUUUCUCUUCUUG